AGCGGGGGCGGCGGGAGGGGCAGGAGACGUUGGCCCCGCUCGCAUUUCUGCAGCUGCUGCAGUCGUCUCAGCGUCCGGAACCAGCGCCGUCCGCGGAGCCGCCGCCGCCGGGCCCUUUCCAAGCCGGGCGCUCGGAGCUGUGCCCGGCCCCGCUUCAGCACCGCGGACAGCGCCGGCCGCGUGGGGCUGAGCCCGGAGCCCCUGCGCGCGCUCCCGCGCCCCUUCCCUCGGCCGACGUCCCGGGACCGCCGCUCCGGGGGAGACGUGGCGUCCGCAGCCCGCGGGGCCGGGCGAGCGCAGGACGGCCCGGAAGCCCCGCGGGGGAUGCGCCGAGGGCCCCGCGUUCGCGCCGCGCAGAGCCAGGCCCGCGGCCGGAGCCCAUGAGCACCAUGCGCCUGCUGACGCUCGCCCUGCUGUUCUCCUGCUCCGUCGCCCGUGCCGCGUGCGACCCCAAGAUCGUCAACAUUGGCGCGGUGCUGAGCACGCGGAAGCACGAGCAGAUGUUCCGCGAGGCCGUGAACCAGGCCAACAAGCGGCACGGCUCCUGGAAGAUUCAGCUCAAUGCCACGUCCGUCACGCACAAGCCCAACGCCAUCCAGAUGGCUCUGUCGGUGUGCGAGGACCUCAUCUCCAGCCAGGUCUACGCCAUCCUAGUUAGCCAUCCACCUACCCCCAACGACCACUUCACUCCCACCCCUGUCUCCUACACAGCCGGCUUCUACCGCAUCCCCGUGCUGGGGCUGACCACCCGCAUGUCCAUCUACUCGGACAAGAGCAUCCACCUGAGCUUCCUGCGCACCGUGCCGCCCUACUCCCACCAGUCGAGCGUGUGGUUUGAGAUGAUGCGUGUCUACAGCUGGAACCACAUCAUCCUGCUGGUCAGCGACGACCACGAGGGCCGGGCGGCUCAGAAGCGCCUGGAGACGCUGCUGGAGGAGCGUGAGUCCAAGAGUAAAAAAAGGAACUAUGAAAACCUCGACCAACUGUCCUAUGACAACAAGCGCGGACCCAAGGCAGAGAAGGUGCUGCAGUUUGACCCAGGGACCAAGAACGUGACGGCCCUGCUGAUGGAGGCGAAAGAGCUGGAGGCCCGGGUCAUCAUCCUUUCUGCCAGCGAGGACGAUGCUGCCACUGUAUACCGCGCAGCCGCGAUGCUGAACAUGACGGGCUCCGGGUACGUGUGGCUGGUCGGGGAGCGCGAGAUCUCGGGGAACGCCCUGCGCUACGCCCCGGACGGCAUCCUCGGGCUGCAGCUCAUCAACGGCAAGAACGAGUCGGCCCACAUCAGCGACGCCGUGGGCGUGGUGGCCCAGGCCGUGCACGAGCUCCUCGAGAAGGAGAACAUCACCGACCCGCCGCGGGGCUGCGUGGGCAACACCAACAUCUGGAAGACCGGGCCGCUCUUCAAGAGAGUGCUGAUGUCUUCCAAGUAUGCGGACGGGGUGACUGGUCGCGUGGAGUUCAAUGAGGAUGGGGACCGGAAGUUCGCCAACUACAGCAUCAUGAACCUGCAGAACCGCAAGCUGGUGCAAGUGGGCAUCUACAAUGGCACCCACGUGAUCCCUAAUGACAGGAAGAUCAUCUGGCCAGGCGGAGAGACAGAGAAGCCUCGAGGGUACCAGAUGUCCACCAGACUGAAGAUUGUGACGAUCCACCAGGAGCCCUUCGUGUACGUCAAGCCCACGCUGAGUGAUGGGACAUGCAAGGAAGAGUUCACAGUCAACGGCGACCCAGUCAAGAAGGUGAUCUGCACCGGGCCCAACGACACGUCGCCAGGCAGCCCCCGCCACACGGUGCCUCAGUGUUGCUACGGCUUUUGCAUCGACCUGCUCAUCAAGCUGGCACGGACCAUGAACUUCACCUACGAGGUGCACCUGGUGGCGGAUGGCAAGUUCGGCACACAGGAGCGGGUGAACAACAGCAACAAGAAGGAGUGGAAUGGGAUGAUGGGCGAGCUGCUCAGCGGGCAGGCAGACAUGAUCGUGGCGCCGCUAACCAUAAACAACGAGCGCGCGCAGUACAUCGAGUUUUCCAAGCCCUUCAAGUACCAGGGCCUGACUAUUCUGGUCAAGAAGGAGAUUCCCCGGAGCACGCUGGACUCGUUCAUGCAGCCGUUCCAGAGCACACUGUGGCUGCUGGUGGGGCUGUCGGUGCACGUGGUGGCCGUGAUGCUGUACCUGCUGGACCGCUUCAGCCCCUUCGGCCGGUUCAAGGUGAACAGCGAGGAGGAGGAGGAGGACGCACUGACCCUGUCCUCGGCCAUGUGGUUCUCCUGGGGCGUCCUGCUCAACUCCGGCAUCGGGGAAGGCGCCCCCAGAAGCUUCUCGGCGCGCAUCCUGGGCAUGGUGUGGGCCGGCUUUGCCAUGAUCAUCGUGGCCUCCUACACCGCCAACCUGGCGGCCUUCCUGGUGCUGGACCGGCCGGAGGAGCGCAUCACGGGCAUCAACGACCCUCGGCUGAGGAACCCCUCGGACAAGUUUAUCUACGCCACGGUGAAGCAGAGCUCCGUGGACAUCUACUUCCGGCGCCAGGUGGAGCUGAGCACCAUGUACCGGCAUAUGGAGAAGCACAACUACGAGAGUGCGGCGGAGGCCAUCCAGGCCGUGAGAGACAACAAGCUGCAUGCCUUCAUCUGGGACUCGGCGGUGCUGGAGUUCGAGGCCUCGCAGAAGUGCGACCUGGUGACGACUGGAGAGCUGUUCUUCCGCUCGGGCUUCGGUAUAGGCAUGCGCAAAGACAGCCCCUGGAAGCAGAACGUCUCCCUGUCCAUCCUCAAGUCCCAUGAGAAUGGCUUCAUGGAAGACCUGGACAAGACGUGGGUUCGGUAUCAGGAAUGUGACUCCCGCAGCAACGCCCCUGCGACCCUUACUUUUGAGAACAUGGCAGGGGUCUUCAUGCUGGUAGCUGGGGGCAUCGUGGCCGGGAUCUUCUUGAUUUUCAUUGAGAUUGCCUACAAGCGGCACAAGGAUGCUCGCCGGAAGCAGAUGCAGCUGGCCUUUGCAGCCGUGAACGUGUGGAGGAAGAACCUGCAGGAUAGAAAGAGUGGUAGAGCAGAGCCUGACCCUAAAAAGAAAGCCACAUUUAGGGCUAUCACCUCCACCCUGGCUUCCAGCUUCAAGAGGCGUAGGUCCUCCAAAGACACGAGCACCGGGGGUGGACGCGGCGCUUUGCAAAACCAAAAAGACACAGUGCUGCCGCGACGCGCUAUUGAGAGGGAGGAGGGCCAGCUGCAGCUGUGUUCCCGUCAUAGGGAGAGCUGAGACUCCCCGCCCGCCCUCCUCUGCCCCCUCCCCCGCAGACAGACAGACAGACGGACGGGACAGCGGCCCGGCCCACGCAGAGCCCCGGAGCACCACGGGGUCGGGGGAGGAGCACCCCCAGCCUCCCCCAGGCUGCGCCUGCCCGCCCGCCGGUUGGCCGGCUGGCCGGUCCACCCCGUCCCGGCCCCGCGCGUGCCCCCAGCGUGGGGCUAACGGGCGCCUUGUCUGUGUAUUUCUAUUUUGCAGCAGUACCAUCCCACUGAUAUCACGGGCCCGCUCAACCUCUCAGAUCCCUCGGUCAGCACCGUGGUGUGAGGCCCCCGGAGGCGCCCACCUGCCCAGUUAGCCCGGCCGAGGACACUGAUGGGUCCUGCUGCUCGGGAAGGCCUGAGGGAAGCCCACCCGCCCCAGAGACUGCCCACCCUGGGCCUCCCGUCCGUCCGCCCGCCCGCACCGCUGCCUGGCGGGCAGCCCCUGCUGGACCAAGGUGCGGACCAGAGCGGCUGAGGACGGGGCAGAGCUGAGUCGGCUGGGCAGGGCCGCAGGGCGCUCCGGCAGAGGCAGGGCCCUGGGGUCUCUGAGCAGUGGGGAGCGGGGGCUAACUGGCCCCAGGUGGAGGGGCUUGGAGCAGAGACGGCAGCCCCAUCCUUCCCGCAGCACCAGCCUGAGCCACAGUGGGGCCCAUGGCCCCAGCUGGCUGGGUCGCCCCUCCUCGGGCGCCUGCGCUCCUCUGCAGCCUGAGCUCCACCCUCCCCUCUUCUUGCGGCACCGCCCACCCACACCCCGUCUGCCCCUUGACCCCACACGCUGGGCUGGCCCUGCCCUCCCCCACGGCCGUCCCUGACUUCCCAGCUGGCAGCGCCUCCCGCCGCCUCGGGCCGCCUCCUCCAGACUCGAGAGGGCUGAGCCCCUCCUCUCCUCGUCCGGCCUGCAGCCCAGAACGGGCCUCCCCGGACGCUGGCUCGGGACUGUCUUCAACCCUGCCCUGCACCUGGGGCACGGGAGAGCACCACCCGCCCGCCCCCGCCCUCGUUCCGGGUGCGUGACCAGCCCGCCACCUUGUACAGGACCAGCACUCCCAGGGCCCGAGCGCGUGCCUUCCCCGUGCGGCCCGUGCGCAGCCGCGCUCUGCCCCUCCAUCCCCAGGGUGCAGGCGCGCACUGCCCAACCCCCACCUCCCGGUGUAUGCAGUGGUGAUGCCUAAAGGAAUGUCACGCA